AUGCCCGCGAUACGAGGAGAAAACUCGAAGAAGAAGACGCGCCGCCACACGCGCGACCUCGACCAGAUCCACGCCGACCUUCGCGACGAAAAGCAUUUGGCGCAGUACAAGGAUGUAAAGGCCGCCGAGGAUCUGCCCGGCCUGGGCCAAUGGUACUGCACUGAGUGCGCCAAAUGGUUCGAGAGCGAGGCCAACUUCGAGGCCCACUACAAGGGGAAGGUGCACAAGCGGAGAGUCAAGCAACUGAAGGAAGAGCCAUACUCGCAGAAGGAAGCAGAGGCAGCUGCAGGGCUUUCGACCGACAACGGGAAGCGCACGACGUCGCUGAUGGAGGUGGAUGAUACUGCGGUGGCGGCAUAG